AUGGAGAAAGGUUUAAAGUGGUCUUGUGUUGCGGUGGUGGUUGCAUUCUUAGCCAUGGUUGACGUCUCUGUUUCAGUUCCGUUCAUAAUGCUUCAUGGAAUCAUAGCUGGAUGUUCUGAUAAUACAAAUGCUAACUUCACAUUGCUUCUCCAUAACCUCUCUGGCUCACCUGGCUUUUGCGUAGAAAUUGGCAAUGGAGUAUUCACUUCAAUGUUCAUGCCACUUGCACAUCAAGCAGAAAUAGCAUGUGAAAAAGUGAAGCAAAUGAAAGAAUUGAGUAAAGGAUACAACAUUGUUGCAAGAUCUCAGGGGAACCUGGUGGCUCGAGGCUUGAUCGAGUUCUGCGACGGUGGGCCUCCUGUUUACAACUAUAUAUCUUUGGCUGGUCCUCAUGCUGGCAUUUCUUUUAUUCCUAUGUGUAAUUCCAGUCCAUAUUGUAAGAAGUUUGAUGAGAUUAUCAAGAGAGGUCUCUAUAGCGACUUCGCUCAAGAUCAUCUUGCUCCUAGUGGUUAUUUCAAAAUCCCUACGGAUAUGACAAAGUACUUGGAAAGCUCUAAGUAUCUACCUAGGCUUAACAAUGGGUCACCAAACCAAAGAAACUCAACUUACAAAAAGCGUUUUGCCAGUUUACACAACCUGGUUCUUGUCAAGGUUUGGUCUCUUCACAACCAUGACUACUUUUCAACUUGUAUCUGUUGUUUCCCCUCUUCACCAUUCUGUUUUGCUUUACAGUUUCAAGACGACCAGGUUAUUGUUCCAAAUGAGUCAACUUGGUUCGGGUUUUACCCGGAUGGUGACUUGGAAAAUGUUCUCCCUGCUUAACAGACAAAGCUCUAUACAGAGGAUUGGAUCGGUCUGAAAACACUAGAUGUUGCUGGAAAAGUGAAGUUUGUGAGUGUCCCCGGUAGACACCUCAAAAUAGCGGAUCAAGAUGUAGUCACACACGUGGUACCGUAUCUACAGAACCAACCGCACAAAGACGCAACCACAAGACCGAGGAGCCCUUGCAUCCUUAAGAAUAGAAAAUACCUCAAUUGCUAUACUAAUUUAUCCAAUAUCGAAAAAGCUUAAUGUUGAUUCUUGUACAACAAGAAUCCUUAUUCUUAACCUAUCUGAAUUAAUCAAAUCAAUCAGUAGAGAAACGACGCAUGAGAUCUUCAUCACCAGUUUUCUUCAACGCUUCAAUGAUUUUCUCAACAUGAGAAACUCUUAAUCUCAAUUUCUUAUCGAGCAUGGAUUUGGCGAGCUUGGC